GCGUGAGCUUUGAAAUCUCCGCUUCAGUCGCACUAAGAUGGACGGCGGAGCGUACGGCGGUGGAAAGGCCGGGGCCCCUUUCGAUCCGAUCGCAUUCGUCCAGCGGCCGCAGGUCAUUCUGAGAGCGUUAUGCCUGGUAAGUCGUCGCAGCCUCCUGAAAGCGGAAUCGUUUCAAGGUCGAUUCAAGAGCGUGAUCGCGACGACGACGCUAUUUGCAAUAAUCGUGUUUGGAUGUAUAAGCAGCAAGGGCUAUCUUGUGAAAGACGAUGGGAAAGAAGUUUGUCUUUACAAUGAAGACAAUAAUGCGUGCAACUAUGGAAUUGGUAUCGGAGUACUGGCGUUUUUGGCCAGUAUCGGAUUCCUUGCGGGUGAAUACCUGUUCGAACAAAUGUCGUCCGUCAAGACUAGAAAACAUUUUGUUCUCAUAGAUUUAGGUUUCUCGGGUUUAUGGUCUUUCCUUUAUUUUGUGGGAUUCUGUUACUUGACAAAUGCAUGGAAUAAUUCUGUAAGACCAAAGGACGGAUAUGGAGUGAAUAAUGUACAAUCGGCUAUUGCAUUCUCGUUCUUUUCCAUCUUUACCUGGGCCGCUUGUGCUUGGUUCGCGUUUCAAAGAUUUAAACAAGGUACUGACGCGGCAUUCGCUCCAAGUUACGAGGCGGAUCCUGUCGGUGGUACAGGAUACACAAGUUAUCCUGACGCCACUGACACUGCUUAUCAAGAACCGCCGUUCGGUCAACAACAACAGCGAGGUAUGGGUGACUUUCAAGCCCCAGCUUACUAAAAGUCAUCCAUAGUCGUACCAAAAUGUAUUUCCAUUAAAUGCACAGCGAGCUACUUACGAAAGAAGAUGAUUUAGGAUAAUUUUUCAGAACAAGAUAUAUUGUUUUCCAUCACCUAUUUUGCUUAAAGACUAAAGAACUUCAUUCGCUGAUAGGUCGCUGGGCAACGCGUUGGUCAUAGAGUAAGUUUUCAUGGCAAGAUGUAGAAGGAAGUUAUUUGUUAAACUGUGCUUCUUAUUGUUGACCACUUGUAAGUUACACUUAUCCAUACGCCCAAUGUCACAAAAAAAUGCAUUAGGUAUGUUUGAAAUUCAUAUAUGCCUGGACAUGCGUUACGACAGUGGCUACUGACCAUCUAUGGGAAGUAAAUAUAAUAUCUUAUAAUGAGUAACACUAUAGCUAAACUCCAUAAAUAAGUAAGAAUUAGUACAUGCACAGGCUAUGUAUAUUUUAACGUUGUAACGUGUUCAUGGUAAAUGCGACUUAAAUAUAACAGUAAUAUUAUGCGUUGCAUUAUUAUGCAAUUAGUAUUAAACGAUGUACACGAAGUCUAGGAUUGAAAUCAGUAAGUCUCGAAUAAGUCGACAUAUGUUUUAAUAUUAGUGAGACAAUAUUUAAGUUACUUAAGUUACUUGUCGUAUGAGUUGUAAAAUAAUGGAAUAUUUCCUUACAAAAUAGCAUUAGCAAAUAUAAUUGCACUUAUAAACCGCGA